UGCACUUAGGUACAUACCUACUUAGUAAGGCUGGUCCUUAGCUGUCUACCUAAAUGGGUCUGACGACAACUGCCUCCUCGUCACUUGUCCAGUCUCCCGCUUGUUGUCUCCAGUCUAAUUGUCUCUUGUCGCCGACCGCCUCUUGCCUCAUUGCUGUCGCAACCGCCAGUUGAGAGCUUCGUGCCUUUAUUUGGUUCUGCUCUCUUUCUCUUCUAUAUCCGAACAAGCUUUGUGGCGUUUCGACUCUCAGCACCUUUGAUCCUCUCGGGCGAGCCGUGGUAAUCUCCGUGCUCUGACAUUACGCCCGAGAGAGACGCAAGCAUGACAGCCCCCCCUAUCGUUCUCGAUGGAGGCACCGGCUUCUUAAAGGUCGGAUAUGCCGCCCAGAACUUCCCUGAGCACCAAUUCCCUUCCAUAGUUGGUCGACCGAUCCUGCGAUCCGAAGAGAGGGGCGGCGAAAAUGACAUCGUCAUCAAAGAUAUCAUGUGUGGUGACGAGGCUGCUGCCGCCCGCUCCAUGCUUCAGAUCACAUACCCCAUGGAGAAUGGUAUUGUCAAGAGGUGGGACGAUAUGCAACAUCUAUGGGACUUCACCUUUUUUGAGAAGAUGCAGAUUGACCCCCGUGGCCGAAAGAUCCUGCUUACCGAACCCCCAAUGAACCCUCUGAAGAACCGAGAGCAGAUGUGCGAGGUCAUGUUUGAGCGCUACGAGUUUGGUGGUGUCUAUGUCGCCAUUCAGGCUGUGCUCGCUCUAUAUGCGCAAGGUCUAAGCUCCGGUGUGGUAGUCGAUUCUGGCGAUGGUGUUACACAUAUCGUCCCCGUCUAUGAAUCCGUUGUCCUCAAUCACUUAACUAGGAGGUUAGACGUUGCCGGCCGUGACGUCACCCGCAACCUCAUAGCGCUUCUUUUACGCAGGGGUUAUGCCUUGAAUCGAACCGCCGAUUUCGAGACUGUCCGCCAGAUCAAGGAAAAGCUCUGCUACGUGUCGUACGAUCUAGAGCUAGACAAGCGUCUAAGCGAGGAUACCACGGUACUAGUAGAGAGCUACACGCUUCCCGAUGGCCGUGUGAUCCGAGUCGGCAGUGAACGAUUUGAGGCUCCCGAGUGUUUGUUCCAGCCUCACCUGGUAGACUGCGAACAGCCGGGUAUUGCCGAGUUCCUCUUCAACACGAUCCAGUCCGCCGACGUUGACGUCCGGUCUUCUUUGUUUAAGGCGAUAGUGCUUUCGGGUGGCAGUAGCAUGUACCCAGGUCUACCAUCGAGACUAGAGAAGGAGCUAAAGCAACUGUGGCUGACGCGCGUUCUCGGAGGCGAUGCGGAACGACUAAACAAGUUCAAGGUUAGGAUAGAAGACCCGCCGCGCCGGAGACACAUGGUCUUCUUGGGUGGUGCAGUGCUUGCCAAUAUCAUGGCUGAAAAUGAAAGCAUGUGGAUAACUAAGGAAGAAUGGGCCGAGCAAGGACCGAGAAUCCUAGAAAAGCUAGGACCACGUUAGAAACGAUGGGGGAAGAGAGCGAGCAUGAAAUGAUGUAUUGUUUUGGAGCUCAGUGGGCUUCAUUGCUAUCUAAACCUGAAAUCCGAAUAAAAGGCUAUCUCAAACCGUGGCUGUGUAAGGCUUAUUCAGAACUGUGCCUUCAUGAUGUAUAUUUUCUCCGGCUAUGCUGUACGGGAUAUUUUCUUCAAAUAUCCGAGCGUCUGCAAUUCCAAAGCCUUUCUCAUAGCUUGAGGAUAUACAAAAGCCCAUCAACAGCUUUCUCUGUAACUCAUCGAUAAAUACGGGGUGAUACAGGUAUUGAUUUACUCCGCCAAAAUCUAGAUGGAGAGACAUGCCGACUGGGUAUAUAUAUGGAUGGGCCUUGAAGUGUCUGUCCUUGCGAUUGGUAUACUGUAUUCCUAGGAUUUUAUUGUGAUGUCUAAUGUCUAAUAGGACGAUUUCCGGUCAUUACUCUGCAGGUGCAUUAUCACGGAGUACUACUGCGCCACACUUUGGCACUCUCCCCACACAUACCUUAGGUACCUAGGUACCUACCUAACCUACCUCUUUAAGGUUAUCGACUUAG